UCCCUCUUGUUCUCGCUGUUGUCUUCGUGCCCGGUGAACCUUCAGUAUCAAGUGUCGUGAACGUCGGAGGGUCCUGGUUCCGCGUCCAAAAAUGAUGUUAUAAUGCCGAGGUCGAAGACAGCCCAGGUGAAACGCGACAAGUAAAGACUUCUCAUCCACCAUGGGAAACAGACCAUCCAAGAGUGACAACGUGGAGGAACCAGUCAAAACAACUUUGUUUCAAAGGGAGCCCAGCGGGAUAACAUACAGGAUUCCUGCCCUCCUCUACCUGAGACACAGUCGCACCUUCCUAGCCUUUGCAGAGAAGCGAUCUUCCCCCUGUGAUCACGAGGCUAAGAUUCUUGUUAUGAGAAAAGGACUGCUGAAUGAUGAUGGCUCUGUUAAGUGGUCGUCCAGUCAGGAGCUUUUGAGUGCAUCUCUGCCAAACCAUCGCACCAUGAACCCCUGCCCUGUGUACGAGAAAAACAACAAAAUCCUGUUUCUGUUUUUCAUCUGUGUCUGGGGAAACAUCACAGAAAAGAAGCAGAUCAUCACAGGUAAGAACAAGACGCGGCUCUGCUACGUCACCAGCCGCGACGACGGGCAAACCUGGAGUCAAGCUGUGGAUUUGACAGAGAGCGUGAUCGGAGAGGCCAUCCACAGGUGGGCCACGUUUGGGGUGGGCCCCGGCCACGGCAUCCAGCUGGAGAAUAACAGGCUGAUCAUCCCUGCAUACGCGUACUACAUCCCUUACAGGUGUGGUUCUUUUCCAGUUCCUUUCACAGUCUACCCUCGUGCACUCUCAGUUUACAGUGAGGACUUUGGACAGACAUGGCAUUUAGGUAGGAUGCUUCAGAAGAAGUCAUGUGAGUGCGAAAUGGCAGAGAUCAUAGAUCACGAGGGAAGGAGUCACCUCUACUGCAAUGCUCGUCGGGCUGGGGGCCACAGGUGUGAGGCCCUGAGUGAAAACAGUGGCGUUUGUUUUGAUAAGCCCCACAUGGCCCCAGAGCUCAUCGAACAGCCCUCCGGCUGCCAGGGCAGCGUCAUCGGCUUCCCGGCGCCAGAAUUCAUCCCUAAUGACGAUGCUGAAAGCAAAGCCUGUGGCACGUCUCUGUUGUCGCCAGACACACAAACCUGGCUCCUCUUCAUGCACCCAACCAACAAGUCCAGCCGAAGGGACAUGGGCGUGUAUCUGAACCGCUCUCCUCUGCACUCGUCCGGGUGGGACCGGCCCCGGAUCAUACACAGCGGACCCAGCGGUUACUCAGACCUGGCGUACAAUGUAGACAAGGAUCAGUUUUCCUGCCUGAUAGAGUGCGGCAAAGAGAGCGAACUGGAGCAGAUUGCCUUCAUGUCGUUUUCCCUUAACGAUGUGAUGCAGACGGGCAGUAAGAAAGACAAAAAAAUGGUCUGAAUCGCUCCUCUACUUCUGUGCCAAUGAAGAUCGAAUCCCAUCCUGUUUUAGGCCAAAAAAACAACAACAAAAUAAGCAGCUUUGUAAGGCUGUGCAGUUCCACUCGUCUGUGUUCCGUGUUGUUCUUCAUACUAGAGAUGAUGCAUGUAAGUCAUGUGUUUUCUUGUCUCUAUUUACAACAAAAAAAUGUCCCGAGUCUUAAUAUGCAAGUUUCUGUCUUAUAAAAAGAACUAUUUUAAUAAUAGCUUGUUCAUUUGAAGCAUGCUGUGGUGGACUGAUUUUAUUUUUGAAAGCACCUCAUCCUGUUUCUGAUCUUACAAAGCUGUCCGUUUUCCUUCUGAGCAGUGGGGAGCAUUAGCCUACCUUCUUUUUAUUUUCAUAAAGCAGUCAGAGCAAGCCUAUAAGGUAGAGCAUCGAGGUCCCGUCAUUGCUCAGUCUCUCCUUUUACAUUUAGAAUUUUCUGAUUCACUUAUGCCUUCUGCAUCAUUUGUACCUAUGCGCUGUGCAGCAGCAGCAGGCGUCGUCAGACCACAGAGGAAACCAAAACCCUGUUUUGAAAGAUUCAGCCGCUGAGUAAAGACUCAAAGUGUCAGACAUUGAGGAUGGGAGUUUUCCUGUGAAUCAAGCAUUUUGCAAUCAGAUGAAAGCUUUUAUAAAUGUUUCCGGGGUAAAAUAAAUGGAAGGAUUUGAAAGUUAUUCUUGUACUAGUUUUAUAGCAUCAGUACGACAUAUGUGGUUUUGACAUUUUAAUCAAAAUGUGUAGACGUGUGACAUGUUUCUGUGGCCAAAGUUGAUGGUCCACCUAUGUGUUUCUGAUAUGUUUAUGCCUUAGAAUCAUAUACCAUCCUGGAUCUGGUGUUAGGAGAAACUAAUACAAUUCUAUGGAGUGUUGCUUCACUCAAAAUGGCCUAAAUGAAGCAGGUUUAGUUGGAAAAGUAGGUUUCCUAGAACACAGCCCUGUGGGAACUCCACAAAUAAUUUAGAUGUGAAUCUAAAUUAUUUAAUUUAGAUGUGAAUAUCAACAAUAUAGAUAUUGUUGAUAUGAGCCAAAACACAAAACAAACAAGCCAGGAGCAUCAUUUUAUGAUUUUAAAAAAAUGUUUUUGAUACAUGGGGUGAUAUAUUUUUUUCAGGAGUUCUGUGCGAACCAUAGAUAAUUCCUUAUUUCCAGGAGUAUGUCUUUAAUCUGACAGACGUGUGUAUUUUAGCUGUUUUCACCAGAUGUUAUACUGCUGAUAUGAGCCAAACUCAUGAAUCAAUUAGUUUGGUCUGUAUAUAGAUUUGUAAUAUUUAUUGGUUUUCCAUGUUUUAUUACUUUCUGCCUAUAUGUCUUGCACAUUUAGCAUUAUUUUGUACACUGAUUUCUUUCCUCCAAGCCUCGUUUCUCUUGUGUGACUGUGAUCAGGUUAAAAAAAAACUUUGGUGUUAAAAAAAAAAAAAAAAAAGCAUGCAACAGCAGAUGACGACUCCCUAUUCAUAAAGCCACUAAGAGUUUGCACGAAAAAACAACAACUUCUAAGUGACUUUAAUGUCCAAACUUACGUACUGUUGUAGGAAAAAAGGCCUCAACCUUAUUCUAAAAUUGUGUUUCUGUUCACUGUUGUGGAAAGUGAAAAAAUACCUUGCAUGAAACAUGUAUUUUAGUACAAAAUAAAUGUAA